GCGACUCUUCACCAAUAUAUAAAGGUAUCUUGAUCUUGAACGGACCUACAUCCCGACCAGAUAUCUUUCGAAGCGUCAGGCUAUGCGAAAAGGGGAUCCCCCAAUAAGUAAUGUUCAACCAUUUUUACGUAAAACAUAAAACCUCUAAAAUCAAAGAACUGAUCGCGAUUGUCACAGAAGACUUAAUUCUUCCGAGGAUCAAGAAAUACUAAAACCUUUCAACAAGAUCCGCAAACGCGGUUACAUAUUUGUAAGAAAUUUUGGAAUUGCUAACUGAAAGUCGGUAAGAUGCGUAAUGCCAGUACGGAACAGAUACUGAAGGACGAGGAAUGCUUCGAGAUAAUCCGGAAGAAGCUGCACAAAGAGUCGAUGGAGGACUUCUCGCUUAUCACGUACGAGAUGGUACCGAUAGAUGAGGUGAACGGCUUCAUGGGCCAGUAUUUCACGUUGAAGGCUACAGUGGCAUGCCCGCAAUCGCCCCUCGAGACCAGGAGCAUUAACUUCUUCACGAAGCUGCCGCCGCCGUUGUCCAGCCCUCAAUACGACUUCAUGUGCGAGUACGGCAGCUUCAAAAAAGAGGUAGCUUUGUACACUACGGUUUUCCCAGAAAUGCUGGACCCGCUGGAGGAGAGAUGCAUCCCGGAGUGUUUCCUCGGGUUGGAGAACGACGUGAUCGUGCUAGAGGACAUGGUCCACAGCGGCUACGAGAUGACCGACAAAUUAAAACCGUUCGAUUUCGAGCACUGCAAGAUCUUGAUGAAGACCCUGGCCAAAUUCCACGCGAAGUCUCUGAUAUUCGAGGAAGUGUACCAGAAGAACUUGCACGACGAGUUCUCUCAUUGUAUGCAGGAGACGCUUUGGCCUCUUAAGGAGGGCCGCGCGAAGGCGAUGUUCGACGCGGCCGUGAAGGGCACCGUUUCGGUGAUCGAACUAAUGACGGAGCUGGACGAGGAUCAGAGGAUCGCGUUUAAAUCGAAGAUGAUUGAUCUGUGCGCCGACCACGCCGGCAAAUUGCUGCCCUCCACGAAACACAAGAACGUACUCUGUCACGGGGACCUGUGGGCGAACAACAUUUUGUUCAAGUACGAUGCGGAGGAGAAACCCGUGGAAUGUUGCCUCAUCGAUUUUCAGCUCGCCAGAUACAACCCUCCAGCGCACGAUGUGCUUUGCUUCCUCCAAUUCACCACGACUCGAGAGCUUCGCGAAAAACACGGCGAAGAGUUGUUUAAAACUUAUCACGAAACAAUGGCGGUCACUCUAAAAGAAGCUAAUCUGGACAUUUCCACCGUACUGCCCUGGGAAGAGUUCAUGGAGUCCAUCAAUGAUUUGCGAGUUAUGUGCAUCACUCACGGUGUCUUGAACAUCCCCAUCAUGCUGUUGGAACCCUCCGCGGCUAGCAAGUAUUUCAGCCGCGAACCGGAACUGUUGGAAAGCGUUCUCUACGUGGACAGAACCCCGCUGAUUUGCGAGCAGAUGAGGGAUGUGCCGCAAUACAAAGAUAGGCUGGUGGACAGUCUAUUAGAAUUACAUGAUCGCGUAGCCGGCUAAAGAAGGUCCCGGCAAGCAGGUUGAAUCGAUACAACAUUAGGUCUUCGUUCCAGGAUAGGUAACAGAAUUACGUUCCACCAAUAACGGUUGCUGACUUGGAAAGUGAGCCGCCGUCACUGCCGAGAAGUAGUCGGGAUAGUCUCAGAUAUACAAUAUGAAGAACACAAUCAAUAAGAUUAAUCGAUCGGUUUCUAGCAGUCAAGAAGCAAUUUAGAAUUCUCUUUGUUACGUGAACGUACCCCAGUUGUCUGUUCAAUGCUAACUGCGGAGUAUUGUGUGUUGAAUAUUGAGUAGUGUACGGAUUUCAUGCAUUUAUAGUACUUUCGACGUUCAACUAAACGAUUUGAGAAAGUGUAGAUAUUGAUCUUCUUUGGAAUAUUGCAUUUCUGAUACACUAGAGAAUUAUGUUUUUCUUUAAUUGCUGAUUAACACUGCUGGAAAUAUGUUGAUCAUUAGAAGUCUACCUACUAAAGAAUUUUUGGUUGAUCACGAUUGAAGAUCGCCGAUUAAUCAUCAUUAUAUUGCAGAUUUUUCAUCUAUUGAAAUCAUUAGCACAGAAAAUGAAAUAUUGUUGCACUUCAAUUUUGAAGAUCUUUUGCUGUGAAGCUGUGAAUUUGAAUAAAAAUCUGCAGUAUGAUUGUCGCUAUAUAUUAUAUAAUCACGUCGAAUUUUAAUUAAGUUGAAUCGAUCGAUCGAAGAACACCUUCACUGAUUUUUAACAAGUUCAAUUCAUCAAUGGAAACAACAUUAAGAAAGAAAUUAGUUAAUUACAAGAAUUGGACCGUUUAUUUUGAAAGUGGUGUAGGUCCAUUUUCUCUUGUUUCGAGAAAAUUAAAGGUUAACAUAUCUGUUAAUUAAAAAAUUUAGGCAAAUUAUAUGAAGUCUGGCAAUGUUUCUACUGUUUUAUCAAUAUGUAAUUUGGUUAUAUAAAUUUGUUUUAGGCAUAUUUUAUUAAACUGAUGUAUACUUACGGGCUGCAACUGGACUUACACCACUUUCAAAAUUAGACAAUUAUAAAAAUCGUUUAAUUUCAAUUUUGAAAAAUCAAAUAUAACUUAAAAUAUACUUCAUAUUAAUCCAAUUUGUUUUAUAAAUAAUGACAGGAGAUAAAACAGAAGUAGUAUUUUUAAUUUUAGACGCUAAUUACAUUGUUAAAAUUAUAAGAUAUCGAUAGUAUUUACUUAUGCUCUGCAUGUGGCAGUGUUUCGAAAUAUGCACGAUGCACCGGAGGUAUAUAAGGUAAUAACUGCUUGAUGUCUUUAUAUUUUUCAUAAGUAAUAGGCCUGGCAUCUUGGUACAAAGGCACCAGGGCGAUUUUUUCAAAUUUUACCGGUCUUCUUUAUAGAAAAUAGUGUAUGGUGCACUUUUGAGAAACCUCAUCCAACAUAUUUGCAACCAAUUCACCUGUUCUUCAUUAGUGUUUUUUCUUAUCUGUUUUUUAAUUGCAUUUUGGAGAUUUUUUAUUGAAACGAAAUUCUCUCGUUUCGUUUCAUGUAAAAUGAAUUUAUCAUGUUUUCUACAUUGUGUUAUUACAUCAUAAUAAUUAUAAUAAUCUGCUGAGCCACCUACCUCUGUCAAUUGGACUUACACCACUUUCAUAAU